AUGGCUUCUCCCAGUCAGGCCCAGGGCUCUGGGCUGACGACUCAGCCUCCUACACCACCUCCCGAAUCAGGAGUCAACGGCGCCUCUGCUCCAGCUGCCCCAGCACCCACUUCGCAACCAUCCACUGUCCCCGCGACAGCACCGAGCACAUCAACAGGAAACCCACCACAAAUCCCCGGAACCUCCUUACAAGACAGCGGUAAAACGCGCCGUCCACGUGAUGUGCGCUUGGUCCACAUGCUUCUCGCAUCACUUGGCGUAACAGCAUACCAAGAUCGCGUACCCCUCCAACUCCUGGACUUUGCCUACCGCUACACUUCAAACGUACUCCAAGAUGCUGUGCAUCUCGCUACGGAAGGAUAUGCAGGUGCAGUGGGUGAUGCUGCUGGGAACACGGGCAAGAACGCUACCUCCGCGGAGGUAAACGGUGUUUCGCUCCCAGCACUGCGACUGAGCAUUGCAUCGCGACUACACUACCAAUUCCAGACUGGGUUACCGAAGGAAUUCCUGAUGGAUGUUGCGUCGGAAAGGAAUCGUAUUGCGCUCCCUGGUGUUUCGAGAGGAUUUGAUGCUGCCACGCCCGGUGGGCCUAAUGGAGCACCGGCAGCUGCGGCGAACCAAAGCGUCAUGAUGGCUGGUAUGCGAUUGCCACCUGAGCGAUUCUGUCUUACAGGAAUGGGCUGGAAUAUGAAAGACGAGUGGGAUAGUGAGGGUGAAGAAGAGGAAGAGGAAGAAAUUCCAGAUGCCCCACCGCAAGGUGCUGGCGAGGAAGGGGAGGACGGAGAGGAUGAGGAUGAAAAUGAUGGCAAGAUGGAAGAUAUUUUCGGUGAAGACACUACCAUGGGCGAAGCGGGUGAUGACGAGGACCAGAAGAUGAAUGAUGUUUAG